UAAUAUAUAAUGCACGAGGACUGCUAGAGCAAUUCAGCAAUAGCGAGUGCAUAACUAGCAGUGGCUGGUACUGAGGUUCGACGCAAUGGCCGUCAUGUCGGAGUACCUGUGGUUUGUAAUUGUUGGUGCUUUCGUAGCAUUCGCCUUCGGGUGGGGUAAUGGUGCUAAUGAUCUAGCCAAUGGAUUCGCCACUUCAGUGGGGAGCAAAACCCUUACCAUGGGGCAGGCAGUGCUUAUCGCUGUAGUAUUUGACUUUCUGGGAGCGAUUCUGCUGGGAAGAGUUGUGACAUCCACAAUCGCCAGCGGAGUAGCUGAUCUAAACAGCUUCUUAGGAAAUCCAGAGGUCUAUGCAUACGGAAUGAUCUGUGCUUGCACUGCUGGUUCAUUUUGGCUGGCAGUGGCAUCAAGGGUGGGUAUCAAUGUCUCUGGUACUCACUUUAUCGUUGGAGGUAUUGUCGCCUUUUCUUUGAUCUGGGAUGGCAAGGAUGCCAUCAUCUGGGCAGAGAGAGAUAACUCUAUCGACGCUUUCCCAUACAAGGGGGUGAUCUCGAUUGUCACAUCUUGGAUCCUGUCACCAAUCCUGGCAGCUGCAGGUUCAGGACUACUUUUCUUGGCUCUUCGAACUAUGGUGUUGCGACGCAAAAAUGCUCAUCGAGUUGCGUUCUGGACUUUACCACCGGUCGUCUUCUUCACAGUAUUCGUCAACAUGUACUUCAUCUUCACGAAGGGAGCCAAGAAGCAAAUGGACAAGGACGGCAUUCACUGGUCAUACUCAAAGACUGCUUGGAUUUCCGCUGUCAUCGGAGCGGGUGCAGCUGUCAUCUCUGCUGUCACAGUGGUUCCCUUCUUAUACAAAAAGAUGAACGCUUUGUUCGACAGUGACGGCAAUCGCAUCAACAUGAUCGAAGGGGUUCCUGGAGUUUCAGCAGGUGACGAGAAACCCAGCAAAACAGUAGAAUCUGACGAAAAAGCUCCUCGAAGCAUCGGAUCCAAGAUCUGGGGAGUCAUUUCCCACGGAUGGACGCAGGAUAUUCACGACGUCGUUAACACAAACCAAACGGUGGGCGAUAUUCACAGGCAUGCUGAGGUUUUCGAGCCAAGAGUGGAAUAUGCCUUCAUGUACCUUCAGGUGUUCUCGGCUAUUUGCGUCAUCUUCUCACAUGGAGCCGGAGAGGUCGGCUACGCAGCUGGACCCAUGUCCAUCAUUCUACAGGUCUACGAAGAUGGGAUGCUGACCAAGAAUGUUCAGCCCAAGAUGUGGGUGGUGGUAUUUGGAGGACUCGCUCUGAUAUCCGGUUUGGCUACCUAUGGAUACCACACAAUGCGUACCAUGGGAGUCAAGCUUGUCAAGAUCACCCCUACUCGUGGAUUCUGCGCAGAGCUCGCCACGGCUAUGGUCGUCAUGGUUGCUUCGCAGUACGGUCUUCCUCAAUCGGGCAGUCUGGUGAUCGUCGGUGCUAUCGUGGGAGUGGGAGUGGUCGAAGGGUCACAGGGUGUCAACUGGAAGCAGUUUGGUCUGCAGGUUGUAGGAUGGGCUUUCAGCACGCUCGUGGUGGGACUGACAGUAGCUGCACUGUUCGCGCAGGGCCUGUAUGCACCUUCUGCCAUAGAUUCCAAGGCAAUCAACGAGUACAAGGUUGAAAUUGCCGGCAUUAAUACCGCUUGGUACAAAGAAUUCAACACCACUCUUCAGAGCUACCGGGAAGCCAGCGCUGCAGGUGCCCUGGAUCGCUUACCAAAUGCCACUUGGACCGAGCUCAACGCCACUCUUCACAAACAUGCCAAAGCUGCCAAGGAUCUCGGUGACUUCAAGAAGUAUGCUGCAAAGAAACCAUCGGCAUACAUCAAUUCGCUGAAUACACUCUUCGCCCUGUACCAAGAGAACAGCAUCUUGACGAUUGGUCAGAACGACGUAUUUAAUGGUUCACUGACCUGCAACAACAAUAUCAUAGCAGACAUCAGAAAUGGGACUCGCACGGCGUGCGUCGCUCCCAAGCUUGCAGAUCCAGGGACGGCUUUCAAAUGACACCAUAGAUGCUUACUAUCUUGACAUCGAGACGGCUUAGAAAUCAAAUUUGUACAGGAGGAUCGAACAGAUUGAUGCUAAUGUAUUUGGCAUCGGUGUUUAGUGUAGCCCGUAGGUUUAGAAAUCAACUCAGUGAUUUUUGGCGUUGUCUGAGCUGACAGCACGAGCCCAGGCUCCAAGCACUGAAAUGGUCCGAUUUACAGGUUAGGACCGCAAGGCCAGAUCUGGAGUUGUUAGCAAAAGCUUACACGGAGUGAUCGAGCUUUACACAAAGACGAACCAUGAUCGACGACUUCCUUCCGUACUUUUUAUUGUUUGUGCACAUAGAUACUUUCUGAAGAGAUCGAACAUUGUUGAUAAGCGGAGCUGUUGUAAAUCUACAGAAAAAUACGGAUGAAGAGAACUGACUAAUAAAGUAAAACUGUUUUGA